GGCUCCGAAUAUGGAUCCUGUCAUCGACUCACCGAAGAGUAGCCGUCAAAGAUGUCCAGAGCCACAUUAUAUCGGUUCAAUUAUUGUAAUUUUUGCAUUAGGUCUUGAUCAAUGUGUAUAGGUCAAGUCAGACUCUUCUAGCUUUCGCCAACUGGAGGGCUGGUUUUCCGCUACAAUUUCGACCUUGCACUCAAGUCUUCCUUUUGAUUUAAACCUUUGCAGCAAACACAUUGAAUCAGUCUUAUUACUCUGCUUGUGUUAUCGACAUCAAGUGGUAGUCUAUGACAGUCGAAUUGCCAUGGAAGGUGACAAAGGAGGGUACCGGCAGAUCAAUAAAUCGUUGAAUAUUUGUGCAUUUGACGAGUAUCUUAAAGGCCAAACGGCAAACCUUCCAAAGCUAGAAGAUGUUGAACAACUUACUCCACGAGUACUUCGUGUCCUAGGUCAAAAUCCAGGAAAAUUUACGUUCCAAGGGACAAACACAUAUAUAAUUGGCACAGGUCGUGACCGGAUCAUGGUCGAUACAGGCGGUGGUGAGCCUGCGUGGGCAGCGCUAAUCGCGUCAACACUGGAAUCGAUGAACGUCAAUCUGUCACAUAUACUUCUCACACAUUGGCAUGGCGAUCAUACCGGCGGCGUUCCUGAUUUGCUGCGAUUGUACCCGCAUCUUGAAAACUCCAUUUACAAGAACGAGCCAGAAAAAGGGCAGCAGAACAUUACGGACGGACAGAUGUUCCAAGUGGAGGGAGCGACUGUGCGUGCCUUACAUGUUCCAGGUCACUCGGAGGACCACAUGUGUUUUGUCCUCGAAGAGGAACAGGCAAUGUUUACGGGGGACAAUAUCCUUGGUCACGGUACCAGCGCAGUUGAAGACCUGGGAACAUUCAUGGCAAGUUUGCAGAAAAUGCUUGCACAACGGUGUGCUAUUGGCUAUUCUGCACACGGAGUUACAAUAACCAACUUACCUGCCAAGAUCGAGGGCGAAUUGGGCGCAAAGCUGCGUCGUGAGCGACAGGUCUUACAAGCCCUUUGUCGGGUGCGCGAGAGGGGAGAUAAGAGCGCGACUGUAAAGGAUGUUGCUACUGAGAUUUACGGUGCAUCAAUAGACGAGACUAUUCGGACCCUUGCCUUGGAGCCUUUUAUUGACGAAAUUCUGCGCAAGCUGGCGGGCGAUAACAAGGUCGCGUUUGAGGUCAAAAUGGGCAAGAAGAAGUGGUACUCGGUUGAAGCAGUUCAACACGGGCGCCAAUUCCAGGAGCUUAAGUCUCCGUCACUUGUGAGAGUGGAUGUCCAGGGAAUUUACGCCUGAUCUAGAAUGGGCACUUUUUGUUUUUAUUCAGGACUAUGAAGUUUACAAUUUGUGCUUC